GUUCCUGUUUUAAUUGUUGGCAAGAAGGAUGCAUAAUUUUCUGAUGUACAUUGAAAGCUCCCAUUUCAAUACAUCAAAAAAUGUGGACUCUAGCCUCUCUCCAGUGGACUUCUUCUUCUUCACUUGCUCGCAACCCGACUCUUCAUGCCUUUUCAAGAUUUGAUUCAGUUGGAACCCCUGCAGAUGUUAUGCCAGGAGCUCGGGCUUUUAAUCCAAAAGAGUUGCUCAAGAAUUACCAUGUAAUUUGCAAACCUCUACGCGUUGCUCAAAUCCCAGUCAAGCAAACACAUGAAGAUGAUGGCAUUAGAGGCAAUGAUCACGAGGAUUCCAUCUCUCAUAUCAAGCAAUUGUUAAGAACCAUGGAUGAUGGACGGAUUACCAUCUCAGCAUACGACACAGCAUGGAUUGCACUUAUUGAAGAUGUUAAUGGAAGUGAUAAUCCUCAAUUUCCAUCAAGCCUCCAAUGGAUUAUAGACAACCAACUUCUGGAUGGCUCAUGGGGUGAAGCCCAUUUUUGUCCAUAUGAUAGGUUACUCAACACACUGGCUUGUGUAAUUGCUUUGAAAUCAUGGACGACUCAUGAGGACAAGAUUGCUGAAGGAAUUGCAAUCAUCAAGACACUAUUGGAUAUGUGUAAGCUCGAAAAUGUGGAGAGCAUGAUUUGUGGGUUUGAAGUUAUAUUUCCUGCCCUUCUCGAGCGAGCCCGAAAUUUGGGCAUUGAAAUUCCCUCAGAUACGCCAUUCGUGAAAGAAAUAUGUGCAGCAAGAGAUCUCAAACUUGAAAGGAUACCGAAAGAUUUGAUGCAUGCACUUCCAACUUCCCUACUUUAUAGCUUGGAAGGAUUUUCAGAUUUAAACUGGGACAAGGUGCUGAAGCUAAAAUGUCAUAACGGGUCAUUCUUGACAUCUCCAGCCUCCACUGCUUUUGCAUUCAUAGAGACCAAAGAUGAGCAGUGUCUCAAUUUUAUUACGGAAGUCACUCAAAAUUUCAAUGGAGGAGCACCGCCAUGUUAUCCAGUAGACCUAUAUGCCCGACUAUUUGCAGUGGAUCGGCUGAAACGACUAGGAAUUUCUCGUUAUUUCAUGUCAGAGAUCGAUGAAUGCUUAAGUCACGUUUAUAGAUGUUGGACUGAAGAUGGAAUUUUCAGUGGGAGGGGCACAAAUUUCAGUGAUAUUGAUGACACAUCCAUGGGUUUCAGACUUCUUAGACUACAUGGAUAUGACAUGAGCCCUGAGGUGUUCAAAAACUUCAAAAAGGAUGACAAGUUUUCUUGUUAUCCUGGUCAAAUGAUAGAGGCAGCAACCCCAAUAUUCAACUUUUAUAGGGCUUCUCAGGUUCUUUUUCCAGGAGAAAAGAUUCUUGGAGAGGCUAGAGAGUUUGCCUACAACUUUUUACAAAAUUGGCUAGCUUGCGGUAAUUAUCUAGAUAAAUGGAUAAUUGCCAAAGAUAUUCCGAGCGAGGUAAGUUAUGCAUUGGAAGUGCCAUGGUAUGCCAGCUUACCUCGUGUUGAGACUAGGUUCUAUGUGGAACAAUAUGGUGGUGCAGAUGAUGUAUGGAUCGCUAAAACACUAUACAGGAUGCCUGAAAUCAGCAAUACUGUAUAUCUUGAACUGGCAAAAGGAGAUUACAACAAAUGCCAGCUUCAGCACCUCAAUCAAUGGACUGAUAUUCAACAGUGGUACAAGAAAUGCAAUCUUGUCGAUCAUGGGAUAAGCAUACAAUUCCUUAAGCAUGCUUUUUUUGUUGCUAUGGCGAGCAUAUUUGAGCCAGAAAGAUCGAAGGAGCGAAUAGCAUGGACAAAAUCGUUAAUUUUUUGUGAGAUGAUCAAAUUUUAUUUCAAUGCCACAUCUUUCGACAAAAAGAAAAUGUUUUUAAUGGGAUUUAAAAGCCAUGCUCGAGGCACAAUGACAGGAUGCAGAUCUGAGGUAGAUCAACGACUUCUAAGCAAUUUGCUAGAGUUUCUGCACCAGCUGUCCACAGAUACAGCACAAGAGCUAGGGAAAGACAUCAGACAACAAUUAUUUGAAGCUUGGGAAAGUUGGUUGAUGACAAACACUGAGAAGUUUCAGUGGGGAGAGGAAGCAGAACUCCUUGUGCGCACAAUAAAUCUUUGUGCUGGUCGUAUUACUUCUGAUCACAUAGCAGCCCAGCUGGAGCAUUACCGGUUGUCUAAACUCAUCAACAAAAUUUGCCACCAACUUCAUGAAUCUAAGAGCAGAAAGGCAUUUGAUGCUGAAAAUAGCAAUGGUAGCUUCAAAAGACAAGAGGUAGAAGAAGAUAUGCAAGCACUUGUGCAAUUAGUACUUCAAAACUCGGCAAUAGGCAAUCCGUCUGAUAUCAAGCAAACAUUUCUGGCUGUGGCAAAGACUUUCUUUUACACAACGUAUUGUGAUAAGGAUACUAUUGAUUUCCAUAUUUCUAAAGUACUCCAUGAACCAAUAGUAUAAAAUUAAACAGCCGCAAGUUAAAAUUUUUCUCCUUUUGGCCGGACUGGUCCAAUUGUACGUUCUUUUUUUUUUUUUGUGCUUUCAUAAUUAAGAAUUUGAGUGUAGAUGUUGAUUUAUCUAGUUUAGACCCUCUAAAUGAGGACAUUGUGAGGAAUUUAACUAGUUUAGAGGUAUCUAGUACUUCAGGGGUGAGUAGGAGUCAUAAUAAAGAUCCUCCAGACUUUAUUGUCUCAUUUCUAAUGGCGGA